AUGUUGAAGGUGAUGCAGAAGUACGUGUCAAUGAUGUUGAGGCAUGAUAGACGUCCGACUGAGAAGGCGGUCAACAACCAGUCCUUAACCAUGCUGGUGACGUUCAUGGUCAGCACCGAGUUUUUCAAUAAUUUGAGAGGAAGUGCGCUAGCGAAAUCAACGUCGGAGGCCUAUUCACGCCCAUCCUCGCCUCUGUCGUUGUCGGCUUGGAUCUCAACCACAAAAGUGACCCAACAGCGGUGGCCUGCUCACUCACUCGUCGGGUCGGAGCCCGAGAUAGAGCACCCGACUCAUCCUCGUCGAGAUCCUCUCCUUCGUCGCCGCUGCCGUUUUGAUCUCGACGUUGAAGGCGAUGUUGAGGCAUGUGAAUGGAAGUUGAAUUUGGCGAGUGAUAGUAACACUCAAUACGUGGACGAAAAUGACGAAGAGUUUUGUGAUCAUAUGCCCUAUUUGCAAAAUAGAGAAGUGAAAAGUGAAAACAUCAAUUCCAAACAAAAAGAAAAAGAAAACAAAGGAAAUCACAAGAAAAUAAAGCAUUCUAAGGAGACAAUAGGGUUCUCAAGCGAUUCGGCUUCUUCCUCUGGCACGACGUCGUUUCGAGGUUCUCUAGUACACACCAUCUCACUCUUCCCAUCUCCCCGGCUCAUCGGAGACAUCAACCUCCACCCCUCCCGCCGCCACCUCACGGCAGCCACUUUCCUCAUCUGCAUCGCCGUCUGCCUAUUCUCCACCGCCGCUGCCCCCCUAGCGAUUGCUCCUCCAUUGGUAUUACUUGGAAAGCUCUCUCUAAAGCUACAUAUUUCCGAGAUACCAGAAACAAUGUUUUUCCCGUGCAGAUCGGGCGGCAUCAGUGUAUUGACUCUUUCAUCUAAUUCCGAGACGACCUUCACAAGGAUUUCCUUGACAGUUUCUUCUGACUCGAGAGCACCAAUUGCGGAGUCCGUCUCAUCUUCUGUGCUGUGA